AUGGCCAAGUCCAAAUCCACCGCCAAAACCAUCCCCCAGAAACGCGCUGCGUCCCCCGCGCCGUCGCUCACCUUCUCCGCGACCUCCUUCGAGGGCAUCGAGGACGUCUCCACUGAUGCGGCCAUCGACGCCGACAUCAACGCCUCCGAGGUCGCCGCCGCCGCUCCCGCCGCUGAUGCCCCCACAUCAUCUCCUCCCGCCGCAGCUGGUCCAGCUACUGCUCCUUCGUCCACCGCCAACGCUACCGGCCCCGGGAACGCCUCAACUGCAACCCCUCCCGCCCUCCAAACCGCCGCAGUCAUCACUUCCCCCACCAACAACUCGGGGUUGUUCCUCUGUCAUGCCAGUCAAGGUGCCAGCCCCGCCGUCGGAGGCAUACCCAUCCCCACCGACGUAGCCCAGAUCAGCCAUCUUAUGCAAACCGUUCGUGCCAGUCCUCUCCACUCAACCAACAUGGGUGCCCGGUCCUUGACCUUCGAGAAGGCCGGUAAGGGGCCGGGGUACGGCUUCGGGAUGGUCAUGGAGGAUGGAGAGGCCGCUCAAUUUGUGUUGGGUCUCAAGCUCCUCCAGUCCUUCCUCGUUCACCUCCCAACCUCGCAAUACGCCACAUGGUCUAUUACUUGUACUGGGUCCGGUGUCAACGUCGCCGAUCACUUACCGGGUCUGGAGGCGCUCCAAGGCGGUGUCGAAGGUAUCGACAACGGAGCGCGACCUAUUCAUCCUAAGAGCACCCAUGGUGAUAUAUUCUUCAAGGCUGAUGUCCCUAAGGGGGAGAUCGAGGCGGCCAAGACGGCGGGGGAAAAUUUAACCUUCCCGAAUGUCUACGACGCCAGGGGCCGCACUAGUCUCAACGGUUCGCCCCUCCUCACCAACCGCGCGCUCCUUCAAAAUGGGCCCGACGUCGCUGUGGUCUUUUCCGCUAAGGUCUGGAAGGGGGAUGGUAUUACUCCGUUCAACGGCGGAAGAGCUCACCGCGGUGGUAACCCCGAGGGCUGGAGCGUGUCGUACGGCCUUAUCUCUCUCUUCCUGAUCGGAAACUCAGCAGGUGGCGGUGCGUCCGAGGCGGUGGUUACUCCCAAGAAGCACAAGGCAAUUUAG